GUGAGCUGCGCCCGCCAGCUUCAAAGAUGGCGGCGGUAGCUUCGGCGCCGGUCGCGAACGCGUCCCGCUGCCCAGAGCUGGCUCGGGCAGCGGAGCGAAGAUUAUCUGAACAGUAAGCAUGAAAAUGGGUGCCUGUUGGUUUUUCCAAACGUCCCACAAAGAAGCAAUGCAUGUCUCUUGAGGAUCCCUGACCUUUAGCAACUUGAUAAUAGCUAUCUGGAUAUCACCAGCAUUUCCCAUGUUAACAGUUCUGAGCAUGUUUUACUACAUUUGCCUUCGACGCCGAGCCAGGACAGCUACAAGGGGCGAACCUAUGAACAAUCGGAGAGCUAUUGAAUCAAACAGAGCCUUACCUAUCAAUGUCGAAGUGGUCCAAUAUGCCAAAGAAGUGUUGGAUUUCAGUUCCCAUUAUGGUAGUGAAAACAGCAUGUCAUACACCAUGUGGAAUUUGGCUGGAACUCCUAAUGUGUACCCUAGCUCUGGUGACUUCACGCAGACUGCUGUAUUUCGAACUUAUGGAACAUGGUGGGAAGUCUGUCCUAGCGCACGGUCACCUUUCACAAGGACACCACCCAAUUUCCAUAGUCACGACUAUGUAGAGCUUGCUUUUGAUGAACCAGUUUAUCCCACAGCAAUACAUGUCCUGGAAACCUAUCACCCUGGUGCUGUUGUUAGGAUUUUGGCAUGUUCUGCAAGUCCUUAUUCCCAAACGCUGCCUGCUGAAGUAAGAUGGGAAAUCCUUUGGUCAGAGCCACCCACCAAGGUAAAUUCACCUCAGGCACGUCGGUUUGCACCUAGUAUCAAACGGAUAAACUUUCCUACAAACCUAAUUCGUCUAGAAGUGAAUAGUUCUCUUCUGGAUUACUACACCGAGUUGGAUGCAGUAGUACUACAUGGUUUGAGAGAGAGGCCUGUGCUUUCUCUUAAUACUUCAUUGAUUGAUAUGAAUGAUCUGGAUGAUGAUGAUGAAGAAGAAGAUGGAGAGCAAGACAGCUGCAGCAUGGACAUCCUUAAUAAGCAGUUUAGUGCGGCUGCCUUCAAGGAAUGGACAACUAAUGGAUACUUUGAUAAAUUGCCUUAUGAGCUUAUCCAGUUGAUUUUGAGUCACCUUGCAGUCCCAGAUCUGUGUAGACUAUCGCAGACAUGUAAGCUACUUUAUCAGCACUGCUGUGAUCCUCUGCAGUACAUUCACCUCAGUUUGCAACCUUAUUGGGCAAGAAUAAACGACACAGCUCUAGAAUACCUACAGUCUCGCUGUAUCCUUGUCCAGUGGCUGAAUUUAUCUUGGACUGGAAACAGAGGAACCAUUUCUCUAUCUGCUUUUAGCAGAUUCUUGAAGGUUUGUGGUUCAGAACUAGUGCGCCUGGAGUUGUCUUGUGGUCAUUUCCUCAAUGAGGCUUGCUUGGAGGUCAUUGCUGAGACGUGUCUGAAUCUUCAAGAAUUAAAUCUCUCCUCCUGUGAUAAGCUACCACCUCAGGCUUUCAAUCACAUUGCCAAGUUGUGCAACCUUACACGUCUAAUUCUCUACCGAACGAAAGUAGAGCAAACAGCACUGCUCAGCAUUCUGAACUUCUGUUCAGAUCUUCAGCACCUCAGCCUGGGUAGCUGUGUAAUGAUUGAAGACUAUGACACAAUAGCUAGCAUGAUGGGAGCCAAGUGCAAAAAACUUCGUACGCUGGAUUUAUGGCGAUGUAAAAACAUUACUGAAAAUGGAAUAGCAGAGCUAGCUUCCGGCUGUCCACUGUUGGAGGAGCUGGAUCUUGGCUGGUGCCCAACCCUUCAGAGCAGCACCGGCUGCUUUGCGCACCUUGCGCGUAAACUCCCAAACUUGCAAAAGCUCUUUCUGACAGCCAACAGGUCUGUGUGUGACUCUGACAUAGAUGAACUUGCUGCAAAUUGUACUAAUCUCCGGCAGCUUGAUAUUUUGGGCACAAGAAUGGUGAGCCCUGCUUCUUUAAGAAAAUUGCUGGAGUCUUGCAAAGAUCUUUCCUUACUUGACGUGUCCUUCUGUUCACAAAUUGAUAAUAGAGUUGUCCUAGAACUGAAUGCCAAUUUUCCUAAUGUGCUCAUCAAGAAGAGUUUCACUCAGUGACUCACUUCAUAUGCUGCUAUAUGGAAUUGAUUUGACAAUUCCGUUUCCUGUGAAUUUGUGCUGACUUUUUUCAAAGAAAAAUAUUCUGUGAAUAAUGGGGAAAAGUUAACUCUUCUUGACAUGAAGGUUAAACGUCAAAUCAAAGAUUUAAAAUGUGAUAAGCCAUUAUUCCGUGUACAGUUUCCAGUUACUGUACUUCACAAGUGGACCUCCAUAUUUGAACUAGAAAGAAUCAUGUGAAUAUAAGGUGGCAUAUGUUUAAAUGCAUAUUAUGGAGCAUUCAAGACUGCUUGGAUUUUAACAGUGAAAUAAGCUUGUAGCAAAAACUAAGCAAGAAAUAAAAGAGAGACCUCAAUUUUUAAGUUUUAGCAUUAGUCUUUUAAGUUGUCUCUCAUUGCUUCUACCUUCAUUCUUGCUACAAGAAAGUUCUAUGGUCCCCAGGGACUGUAGGAUUGCACCCUAAUAAACUAAACUUUUAGUUACACAUAAAAAUCUCUGACCUUCUUAGUUAAUCAAAGAGCUGACAGACACUAAAGAUCCUGCAUUACAUGAUACAAGUUCUAUGGGUGUCUCUUGCUUUUAGGAAUCCUAGCAACUUAAGCCUCGGGCUAUUGCCAGCCUUCCUCAUUGAUGGUUUCUCUCUCCACUUACACUACUAGGUUGAGCCUAAGGAUGGGGGAGCCAGUGAUGGUGCAGAAGAAAAGACUUUGAAAGACAAAGUAGAUACAAAGCAAGCCAGGAUAAGUUGACCCAUCACUAAUUGUCAAUCCUACAUUUACAUAUCUGAUUUUCAGAUGUACAAUUAAACUAUUUCUGUAGCUAUAUAAGAAUCCCUUUCAAUUAGACAAAGACUUCCAAGUUUAAAAACACAAGUAUUAAUCUGAUAGAUUAUGAUUGAAACAAUGAUAAUAAAAGAUUACAAUUUAAGAGGAGACAAAGGAGAAACCCCGUGCACAGAUUCAACCUCGUUUUUUUCAGUUUCUGCAUGUUUUAUCCAUCCAGCAAGCACAUCUCUUUUGGAUUUAUUGCAAAGGGGGGGGGGCACUUCAUGUUAUAGAGUCCCAUGUGAUUGGAAGCAAAGGUUCCUUCCUUGGUAGGAUUAUUCUAUUGGAGUAAGCCAACUUUUGGAAGCGAAUAUGAAUAUGAUUUAUUAGUGUAGCUGAAGCCAUUACAAAAAAACAAAAUUUGUAAAACAUACUACACAGUUAAAACAAUGAUUUAAACCAGAACUGAAAUCAGUAAGCGUGAGAUGGUAUAAAAUAGCUGUAUCUCUUUUAUUUCAAUGAGUCUUUAGCAUGUGUAAGUUUCUCUGGAUUGCAUGCUUAUUCUGCUGAUGUUGCUUCUUAUAGAAAUAAGGCAACAGGAUUUCUAUUCCAAGAAGUCUUCCGCAGCAGUGAAUAGUACCCAAAAACCUACUGAAAUUUAAACUGAAAAAGGAGGGACUCUUGGAGAAGGACAUGAUUUCAACCAGAAAUAAAUCUCAGCUGUCAGUUCAGUCAUACAUUAAGGCUCAUAUUUUUACUCAACUAUUUUUACUAAAAAUGGGCAGGUGGAACCACUUGGUUCAUUUCUACCACUUUUCCUUAAACUUUUCUACAAGCCUGCAGAAAAUGCUAAGUAGGGUGUGUUGGUCUGCACUCCUACACAGAGAUCACCAUUUCUUUUAGGGAAAUGGAGAUAGCAGGAUUGCUUAGCUGAUGAAAUCCUUGGUUGUGUCUCUUCCCCCAACCCCGUUGUGAGGUCAAGUAUGUGUGUACACAAUCAUGUGUACCAGCCUAUAGAGGAAUGUUACUGAUAUCCAAGAGGUAUAUAGAGAGAACUACAGCAUUCUUUGUGAUCAUGGUAGCUGGAGAAUUUGUUGCCACAAUCAUGGAAAUCGCCGCUGGCUGCUUUACGUGCUAUGCAGCUCACAUUAAAGUUCCUUCAUGUGUUGGUUUACCAACAUAUAUAGUCACACGUGGAUACAAUAAAUACGCCAUGCAUGUGUGAACCAGGCUUUAAAACAUUGUACUUUGCUGACCGAUACCUAUCCUAAAGUUGUUCUGUAAAGAUAUUUUUUAUUUUGCAUUUUAAAAAUGUAACUUUAUAUAUUAUAUCCAGUGUAAUUAAGAAUUAUAUAUGUACAUACCUGUGACAGAAGAGUGCUUCUUUGGACUCUGUAUAUUUGCAGAUGUUAACCUUCUAAAAUAAGCCUUGUUUCAUGUAGUUCAGGAUAUGCAUGUUUAUGUUUUCUUUGCAGUUAGACAAACACAGUUUUGUUUAAAUAUUGUUAUCACUAUAGUGUUUAAAACGUGUGCCUUCUGUUUUUACAAUCAGUAAUAUGUCUAAAGACAUUGGAUUAUUUUCUUCAUGAAAAUUAGGCUAGGAACGCAAGACUUGUCCAAGAACAAAUUAAACUCUUUAUUCAGACUUCC